AUGGCGAAACUCUUCCAUGCUGUGAAAGGCAUCGUUUUUCCUGCCGAGGCCCUGAAAAGGGUAAUCUCACAUGCCGCUCGCGAAGUUGAAGAGACUGGUCUCACGUUGAUCCGGGAAGGCGGCGAGCAGGUUCAUGGUGUGAUUGACCACGUCGAGGAAGCUGGUGAUCGCAUGGUAUUCAGGUUCCAGGCAGCAGCGAACGAUGUGAUCAAGAUCGCGCUCGACACAGCUACUGACAAAGUGGAGCUCUUGACGGGCAAGCUUUCAAAGGAAGCGCAGUUGCAGGUGUCAAAUGCAGGUGGAGAAGUUCGCCUUUGCCUUGACCACAUGGAGGAGAAGGCGAGCCUGAUCCUGGACAAGUUGCCACCAAAAGUUGCAGGCCUUGCCGCGCGUGAAGCUGGUGGAGGACUGAUCCAGGGCGUUAAGGACCAGUUGGGCUAUAAGCCCACAACUCCACUUGGCAUCGAGGUGAGCAAGGCGUUCGACGAAGACAUCAAGACCCCUAGCGAGCUUGCAGAGAUGGUUUGGCAAGUUCCAGAGCCAGACAAAAAGUUCGAUGCAUAUUUCUUCCUUUUCGAGGCAUAUGCGCACACAAGAGGGUAUGAUGCGGAGCGCAAAUUUGCCGCUCACUUUUUCGUCGCCCUGGUCGCUGUGACAGACCUGUACUCUGCCAGAACACCGGCAGGUUAUGUUAUGCCAGGCAGGCCAGUCGACAGGACUACUUUCACAAAGUUGCUUCGCCUACCAGGCAACGACAGUGACACACAGGCUAUGCGGGAUAGGGCGCUGGCAUUGCUCGGCAAUCUGGCUGAGUGGAAUGAGGAGACAGCCAUGCAGAAUGAGGAGCUCAUCAAAGAUGAGGCUUUUCACGUUAUCAACAAGUUGCUACCACCACAGUACGACAGGAUGAAAGCACUGCCGCCAAAGAAGCGGUUAUUCAAGAAAGAGGAUGAGGUGCUUGCUGCUAUGCAAGGUAGUGACUUUGAACAGGUAGAGCGUUGGUUCAAAGUUCUUGCUGUGGGCAACUCUGGAGCUGGGAAGUCCUUCCUGCUGAAUGUGUUCAACCAAGCAAAUCUUUUUCGUCAUGCAACACACACGGAUGCCGUCACCACGCAGCUGGAGUAUGCCCUGUACGCCCAGGGCACGUUUGGCUACAUUCUUUGUGACAUGCCUGGCUUGUUGCAUGCCAAUGGAGAUGCACAGACAAACGCCAAAGCCAUUGAAGAGGCCUUCCAGGUCCUUCCCGACAUCAAUGCGUAUGUUCUCUUUGUGAUGGCCAUGGGUCCUGGUGGCCGUCUUGCCCACGAGGACCUGGUGACUUGCAAAGCUUUAUGCGAGUACGUGCCAUCGCUCAACAACAGUAACACAGCUGUGCUGGUCAACCAGCUGGCUGAAAAUGACUUCAACACUGCCCUAGAGAUGAUUACGUAUGAAUCUGAUAUGAUGCAGCAGGCAAGCGAGCUUCUCAUCAAGGAUGCCUCUGUGCAUUUCAUGCGCAAAGUUCCUGCCAAGAACCAGAAAAACUGGGAAGAUGAGACCAUGACAGGUAUCAAAGAAUUGUUGGAUGAUGCAGUGAAGGGCUUGAUCCCGUCGCGGAUGCGGCCAGCUGCCGGUGCUAGCCUUGUCAUUCCGGAGCAGCGUGUGAAAGAGCAGCUCGAGUCAGCCGAGAAGGCUAUUGCCGACAUGAAGGCGGAGCAAGCGCGAGAUCCUUGGAAAGAGCUGGAUGGAGUGGAUGUGGAUGCUGACUGUAACGACGCAUCUAGCCUCAAGGGGCGACCCUUCAAUGACACAGAGAUUCAGGCAAUGAAGGACCAUGCUGUACUCCAGGGACGCAAAGUCUUUGUCAUCAAGAAGUGCGGCUCCAAGUUCGACAUUUGGUUCAAGAGCACCUUCGACCCCGAGACAUGUCACAGGAAAUCCCGUAAUGAUCGCAGAUCCUACGUGUACGUCAAGUAG